AUGGAUGCGGUUGUAUUUGCAGACGAUGUGAGCGAACAGGACAAAAAUGAAAGCUUCAGGGUUGUUGGACGCUAUACACAGAAAGGACUUGGCAAUAAGAAAACCGUUGAAGUUUACGAUGAAACCAGCCAAAGUUACGAAAAGUGUGUGAAUGUGGCUAACUACAAUGGACCGAGAAAAUUGGCAAAAUCUAUGGAAGAAUUGUUUCCAAACAACAGACACGCAAUAAAGAUUUUGGAUGCCGCUUCCGGUACUGGACUGUCUGGAGAGGGGUUGUAUAAAGCUGGAUUUACCAACCUUGAUGGUGUGGAUGCCUCAGAGAAGAUGUUGGAUUUAGCGAAACAGAAAAACAUUUACCAGAGACUGAUCUGUGAAUACCUGGGAGAAAAUAAACUACGUACAUACAUUAACCAUCGUAUCUAUGAUGUAGUGACUAUGUGUGGAGGAGUAGGAGAAAAUCUUGCUCCCUUUUCUGCUUUAGAAGAACUCGCCUCUGUAGUAAAACCAGGUGGCCUUUUUGUUCUAGUGACACGGGUGAAGCAUUUGGAUUACGUAGACGAGCAGGGCAAUACUGCGACACGUAUCUUCCAAAAAUUGACUGACGAGCAGAAAUGGAAACUGGAGUCAAAGAAACCUUUUUUAAACUUCAUAUACAGUGAAGAGGGAGCUGUACUGGUGUACAGAAUUCUAUAAAUAUAAAUAAAUAGCCUGCGUCUUUUGUUCAUAUUGAACAGCUGCAUAAUAUAUUCAUCCACUCUGUUUAAUGAGAAAAAAAUGACGUAUUUCCGAUAACUAGAAUUGCCCUGACUUUGACUGCCAAGUCGAAAUAUUAUAGAGUAGAUGUUUUUUUUCUACUGCAUUACGAAUAAUAAUAAUAA